AUGGCACCCGAUCCGCAUUCCAACGCGUUUCUUACCAUCGAAGACGCGCAUAAUAUUUUCACCAUGGUCUGCUGCUUCUUUGGCAUUGGGACGCUGUCCAUGCCGUCCAACUUUGCUCGCGCAGGUCCGAUCUACGCGACGCUUGCAAUGGUGCUCAUGGCUUUCGCCAAUAUCUACGCAACGAUCGCGCUUUCGAAAGUGAUGCUGGCUGCCCCGGCAUCAGUCAAAACGUUUACGGACGUGGGGGACUGGGUCUUUGGCAAAACGGGACGCUACGCAGUGAUCGUGUCCCAGCUGCUCGUGUGUCUGCUGCUGCCCUGUGCGUUUCUCGUACUCGGGAGCACGUUGCUCGACGUGCUAUUUCCAGACUCGUUCAGUCAAACGUUCUGGAUCGUCUUCAUGGCUUUCACAGUGAUUCCGCCAUGCUUGAUCCCCACCCUGAACGAAGCUGCUGCCAUGGCACUGCUGGGGUGCCUUGGUACGCUCGUUGCCGACGUCGUUGGGGUGAGUAUUCUCCAGUGGGAGAUGCGGGGACACCCGUCGGCACCCUCUCCAGACAUCACAUUGCACCAGGUACUUACCACCUUUGGCAACCUAUCUCUGGCAUAUGGUGCUUCCGUCGUAGUGCCCGAUCUCCAGCGACAGCAUUCGGAGCCUACCCGCAUGCCUCGUAUUAUCCUCGUCAGUAUGGGCGCAGGCUCAGCUUUCUUCUUUAUCGUGGCUGUCGUGGGGUACAUUGCUGGUGGCUGCCAACUAUCGGGUAACCUCCUCUUCUCGAUCGUGAAUACGUCGGACCCGACAGCUGCAUCCGCAUUGGGGUUUGUUCCCAAUCGUGGCGCUGUCGUCAUGGCGUACCUCUUCAUGCAGACCCACAUUGUUGUUGCCUUUUCGACAAUCAUCCAGCCGCCGUUCUACAUGGCUGAACGCUUUCUCCUGGGGAUGCACAAGACAUCGACUAUGGAUUUUAUCCAGGAGAGCCAGAAGUUGUCGAGUAUUGCUCCCGUGACGCCGGAUCUAGAGGGCAACUACUCGACCUCCGACACUUCAGGCGCACUCGGUACGGAAAAAAAGCGACAGCAGAAGGAAGAGCUCGAGAUGUCCGAGUAUACUGGCAAGGGAACUGUUCUUCGCUACGUGACUCUGCGUCUUUCGAUCAUUGCGGUGCUCGUGGCAGCAUCCAUUGGUCUGCGUGAAAGGUUUCUCGAUCUCGUGGACUUCACGGGCGCUUCAGCUGUAACAGUCUGCUGCCUCGCGCUGCCUAUUGUCUUUUACCUCAAGGUUUUCUGGACCGAGCUGCCCAUGUACGAGCGUGUCGUGGCCUGUCUAUUGAUCCUGGUGUGUAGCAUUGUCGGGUGCUACGUGAUGAUCUAUGCUGGCCAGAACCUCUUUUACCCACACACCGAGGAGCGGGUUACGUUCCCGUACUGCCCCGUAGAAUACCAAGUAGAGCCUUACUUUGUCAGAAGUGCGACAACGUCGAGGUGA